UCUGAGAAUUUGUCAUUUUUGUUUUCUCGUCAAUCCGAGUGAAGAAGGAAGGAAGGACCCUAAACCGAAUCCAUCAAAAAUCAAUGGCUUCGAUGCUGGCUCGCAGGUCACUGAAUACUCUUCGUGCUCGCCAUCUUGGUUUGUCAGGGCAAGCUUUGCAGGGAUCUCAUCUUUCUGGAUUUCAGUCCCGUCCUAUUUCUUACGGCUCCAAGAAAGAUGAUGAAGAAGAGGAGCAACUUGCCAAGGAAAUCUCCAAGGACUGGAAUACUGUGUUUGAACGGAGUAUAAACACACUAUUUCUCACUGAAAUGGUGCGUGGUUUGUCGUUGACCCUCAAGUACUUCUUUGAUCCCAAAGUUACUAUCAAUUAUCCAUUUGAGAAGGGUCCACUGAGCCCUCGUUUCCGUGGUGAACAUGCUCUUCGUCGUUAUCCUACUGGCGAAGAACGCUGCAUUGCCUGCAAACUCUGUGAAGCUGUAUGUCCAGCUCAAGCAAUCACAAUAGAAGCAGAGGAGCGGGAAGAUGGAAGCCGCAGAACCACUAGGUAUGACAUCGACAUGACAAAAUGCAUUUACUGUGGUUUCUGUCAAGAAGCGUGCCCCGUUGAUGCAAUUGUCGAAGGGCCUAACUUUGAAUUCGCAACCGAGACACACGAGGAACUACUCUAUGACAAGGAAAAGCUUCUUGAGAAUGGAGAUCGAUGGGAGACUGAGAUUGCUGAGAAUCUUAAAUCAGAGAGUCUCUACCGUUAGAAAACAAACAUUCUACAACAGUCUUUGCUUCAAGUUAUUCCCCGAGAAAACGUUUAUCGGUUGCUUCUGUUAGAAAUAAAAAAGAUGAGAUCUUAUGCGUUUGAAAACUCCUCUUUUGUUUUCCAGCUUUGUCCUGUGUAAUUGAAUUGUUUGCUUGUAUCGACCUGAUUUUGAUUUCCGGUGAAGUUUGUUCGUUUUUCGCUGAAGACUGAAAACUAGGCCAGGGUGUCCCGGUUAUGACCAGGUUUUCAGGUUGAGUUUCAUAAUAUCUGUUCGGUUCUAUUCGGUUAAUAAUACUUUGGAUACA